AUGCAUCGAAAACAAGAAAACCAUGACAUAGAGAUCAACGGUUACUUCUUACCUAUGGAUGACACCACGCAAUUCCACCCGCUGAAACGAGCCACACCAACAAGCACCCUCUCUUCAAUACGGAGAUUAUCGUCGGCCUUGGAGGUUUUCUAUGAGUGUUGUGGCUCUUGUGGAUACCCUUUGAAUUUGUCAUCAUCGAACCGAAUCACAUCUAACAUUGCAUCUCAGUAUCAAAAGUCUGUUAAGAAAGGAUCAAUCUCUUUUUCUUCAGUUGAUCUUAGCCGAUUUACACAGGUUGAUGAAAUAAAUUGUUUUCCUGUCCCUUGGUUUGGUCAUCGUUCGAAGACUAAAUUGCUCUGCCGCAAGUGUGGGGUUCAUAUUGGUUAUGGUUAUGAUAGAGAAACACCUGUUCUUUGUGGAUUUGAAUCUCCUAUUUCAUCUAGCUCUAGAAAAUUUGCCAUAAAGAUUCGUUCAUUACAACCCUCUUCAGAAGAAUCUUGA